AUGGCACUUUUGGAGGUGCUCCAGAGAAAACUAGUGAAAACUGGUGCUCUCAAUCGGCUUGUCCGUUUAUUACCACGUAUAUCGUUUGCUCUAACAAUAUGCUCCAUAAUAUUCAUGCUUACUUUGCCAAUGGAAGGACAGAAUAGGCACACUUAUAUCAGUGAGAAUGCGCUUAUGCCAUCACAGGCACAUCCAUUCUUCAGAGAAAGUGAAUGGAAUUUUGUUCGUGGCUAUAGAAAUGAAAUUAUUUCCAUGAUGCAUAUGCCAUUAGCUGCCAAAAACCAGGUUUUCGACGAUCUAUUGACAGAAAUGGGCUAUAAAACAGAAAUUUUGAAUUACACAGACCCAGAAACGGGAAUUGAAAAACCAACCUUAUAUGCAAUUUACCAUGUGCCCAAGGGUGAUGAUACUGAAGCUAUGGUUUUGACCGCUCCUUGGUAUAACCCGGAAGGCAAGUUCAACGUUAAUGCACUUGCAUUGAGUUUAGGUUUGGCUAAAUAUUUCCGGAGGUUGUCAAUAUGGGCAAAAAACAUUAUUAUCAUUUUUCCUGACAAUGGUGAUGACGUCUUAAGGAACUGGGUUGAUGCAUACCAUACCUCAUUGGACAAUACUGGUGGUAGUAUCGAGGCUGCUAUUGUUCUUGAUUGCCCGUCAUCAAAAGAUUACCUCGGGCAUCUUGAAAUAGAGUAUACCGGAGUCAAUGGUCAACUACCAAACCUUGAUUUGGUCAAUACUGCUAUAAUGGUUGCGGAGAAUGAGGGGGUCAAGGUCAGUGUCAAUGGCUGUCCCUUUGGACAGCUAUGGACAGAUGAUUAUUAUAGUAGAUUGUGUUCCUUGAUCAAUGGUAUAUUUGAAAUAGCUGGUGCUGGAAUAUCAGAAUCGCUUAAUGCGCAAUGUUUCAGUGGAUGGAACAUUCAAGCUAUAACGAUCCGUGCCAUAGACGGUGAUAGAAAUGAUAUCACAAACUUGGGCAGAAUUAUUGAAAGUACAUUCAGAAGUGUAAACAAUUUGCUUGAAAAGUUUCACCAAAGUUUUUUCUUUUACUUGCUACUUGGCCCAAAGAUCUUUGUGUCUGUUGGGAUGUAUUUACCAGCAGGUGGUUUGGCGGCUGCAGCCUUUGUGGUUGCAUCUGUCAAUGCUUGGGUUGGUGGUAAUGAUGCCAGUGCAGAUGUCAUUUCGAAAAUACAAAAUACUCUACUCAUAAAAACUAUUCCUUUGGUUGCUGCUUGCUUGACCGCUAUUGCCAGUAUCGCCAUAUGUGUUUUUGUUUCCUUAUACACAUCUGAUAUUUUUGAUCAAUCUAUGGAGUUUGACCCUUUUGACUUGACCUAUAAAUGGUUUGUUUUACCAUUGUUCAUUUCCUCUUUGGCUCCUGUUGUCUCAUAUUUUCUGUUAAGGGUCAAGAUUAGUUCAGAUUAUACUCGUGCUUUGAGUUUGAUUGUAUUAUUCUUCAUGGGUUAUGCAUUAGUCGGUCUGAUGGUUUUGAACUUCCCAUUGUCUUUUAUUAUUGCCAUCUGCGCAUCUCCACUCUGUUUCGUUAGAUACGCAUCUAAACCUAGUUUGAAAAGAAGAUUUCUCAAUAGCUUUUUUCUUUUGAUCAGUUGUCCAGCACUCUGGUUGAUUGUCUUUGGGCUCAUCAACAAGACAGACUUUGACCUUGAUAGAUUACGAAAUUUAUUUCAAUAUUUUGAAUUUCCUCUUUUACAAAAAGAAAUUCAAAAUGUCUUAGAUUACCUAGAGGAAACUGAUUCUCAAAUUUUACUCAGCGGUCCAGUGGAUUUAUUUGUUGGUUUGCUUAAGGGGUACAAUAGAGUUCAAUGUUGGACCUGGAUUUUUGUCUGCUUCAGUUGGUUACCUGUCUGGCUAUCAAUGAACCUUGUAGGUAGCGUCUACGUCUAUGACAAAAUCUCUGAUAAAGAGGUUGAAAAGAAGAAUCAAUAA